AUGUCCGACCAUGAUAUCUCCGCUGCCCAUCAGCCCUCCCCAGCCUCCUCUUUAUCCCUCGCCCAUCCCUCACAUCUCACGACAAAGCUAGCCAAGGAGCGGCCGCUGUACUCGCUCGAGUUCUUCCCGCCCAAGACGACGCAGGGCCUGGAGAACCUCUACGCCAGAAUUGCGCGCAUGGCGCGCCCUGCCUGGGUCAACGUCACCUGGGGUGCGGGAGGAUCGACGGACCGCUGGAGUGUGGAGAUGGCUACGCGGAUACAAAAGGGCCAAUUGCCAUACUCGGGCAGCGGAUCGCUCUCGCUCGAGUCCAAGCUGAAAGCUCAUCAAUUGAACCAGGGGCCAGACAGCCCCGGGUCGCCCUCGUCGGCAGAAGGAGACACUACCUCGCCCUCAAGCGGGAUCGAUGCGCUGCUUCAUCUGACGUGCACAAACGUGACGGUCGAAUCGCUUCGUACCAGCCUGGCGCAAGCACGAAAUUCAGGUGUGCGCAACAUUCUCGCGUUGCGGGGCGACCCGCCGCGCGGGCACGAGUACUGGGUCGCCGCGGACGACCGGUUCCAGCACGCCGUGGACCUCGUCCGUUUCAUCCGGCAGGAGCACGGCGACUUUUUCUGCAUCGGCGUCGCGGGCUAUCCUGAGGGUCACCCAGAUGAUGCGCUGCUCGCCAACCACACCGUCGGAGACGGCGAGCACGGUAUCGACCUCGUCGAGCGCGACAUCCAGAACCUACUCGCGAAGCAGGCGGCCGGCGCGCAAUUUGUCAUCACACAGCUCUUCUACGACGUCGAUGCCUUCCUUGCGUGGGAGCGCCGAGCUCACGCAGCCGGAGUGCACAUCCCGAUCGUCCCCGGAAUGAUGCCGAUCGUCAAUUUCCAGUCCUUCCGCCGCAUGACGAUGCUCUGCAAGGUCGGUGUCCCCCCGCGCGUGCUUUCCGCGCUGGAGCAGAUCAAGGCGGAUGAUGCGCAAGUCCGCACGUACGGCAUCGAGCUGUGUGCGAACAUGAUCGCGCGCAUCUGGACUGAGCCACACAGCAGGGUCAAGGCGUUCCACUUGUGCACGCUCAACCUCGAGAAGAGCGUCAGCAGGGUGCUAGCGCAGUGUUCAUGGUGGAACCACUCGACGGCCGCGGCCGCUGCGCGGCAAGGUGAAGAGUGCGACAUCAACUCCACGAACGGCAUUUCCAUCGGGCGAAAUCGAAAGAUUCAGACAGACACGAUAAUCCGCAACGACACGUGGGACGAGUUCCCCAACGGGCGGUUCGGCGACAUCCGCAGCCCUGCCUAUGGUGAAAUGGACGGCUACGGCGCAAGCCUCAAGGUUCCGCCCGCAGAAGCGCUCCGUGCAUGGGGCCACCCUACGAGCAUCGGCGACAUUUCGGACCUAUUCAUUAAGUACCUCGAAGGCAAGCUUGAAGUCAUCCCCUGGUGUGACGGCCCACUGAUGCAGGAGACGGAAUCGAUCCGCGAAGCGCUCCUGCGCCUUAACGCAUCACCUACCACUCGCAAUGCUGCGGGCGAAUCUGGCAAAGCCUGGUGGACGGUCGGUUCGCAGCCGUCCGUCGACGGGAUUGACUCGAGCGACCCGGCGUUCGGAUUUGGGCCGCGCGGCGGUUACGUGUACCAGAAGGCUUUUGUUGAAUUCUUCAUCACGGAGCAGGAGAAAGAGGCGCUAAAGGAGCAGAUCGCCGAGCACGGUUCCAGCGUCGUCAGCUUCUUCGCUGGCAAUCGCCACGGCGCGUUCGAGACGAACAUGGAAGCGGGCAAGUCCAAUGCGGUCACUUGGGCCGUCUUCCCCGGCCGGGAGAUCGUACAGCCCACUAUCAUCGAAGAGGAUUCGUUCAAGGCAUGGUGCCAAGAGGCGUUCGCGAUCUGGGCAGAGUGGGAGCUCCUCUUCCCGCCUCAGUCGGCCACCAAGCAGCUGCUGCAUGAAAUUGGCGAGCAGCGGUGGCUCAUCACCGUCGUCCAUCACGAGUAUCGCGAUCCCGACGCGCUUUGGCGCUUCCUUACCACUCGGAACAGCAACAGCACCUGCACCACCAACAACAAAUAGACACCGAGGCAUUGCAUUUCGGCAUGUAUCAAAGCAAGACGGCCCAAUUGACAUGCAUGACAGCGCAUGGGUACCUGCCAAGCAAGCGAUACACAGCAACCGAUUCCCCAUAUGAUCAUUUGCAAUUCAAAACCAAGAAUGUAUGUUGUAGUACAGAAACGAACGAAAUGUGUAGUUCGAAUUUGCGGCUGCGCCCUGUGGCAUGGGCGUGAAGCGCAGUACGAUGCGGUGCGGAGCUUCGAGCGUAGGAGCAUGUCAGUUUGCACGAGGCACACGCGAGCCAGACACCCCUCCCCCCUUUUCCACGAAGGAUAUGGGAGACAGCCAGGCAUCCAGACGGCGGGCGUUACUCUGUUUGUCGCGGAAUGAGGCUAGGUAAAGGGUUGACACACGAGUCAAUAUCACU